GGUUGUUAAAUAUCUUAGUUUCCCUUAACGUUCCCCUUAUCUUCCAAUCGGAAGCUAACUUCAGCGUCACAUAGCGGACUGUUUGCAGUGGAGUAGCUAGGUCCAGCUAGCGCUGUGUGGAGUCACUAUGUGGAGAAACAUGGGGAGGUCGCUGUUAUGGAAAGCCAAGGUCUUCAACGCUGUCAUAUUCAGGUCAAAUGGAUCCUGCUGCGGUGUUUCUGCGAAGAAAUGGACGCGACCCAGCGGGUUUGACACUGGUUUAAAGACUUUUAACAGCCUGACCAAACAGAAAGAGCCCCUCAUUCUGGCAAGAGAGGGAGUAGCUACCUGGUACAGCUGUGGACCCACCGUGUACGACCAUGCCCACCUGGGUCAUGCAUGUUCAUACGUCAGGUUUGAUAUCCUGCAGAGGAUUUUGUCCAGACUGUUUGGAAUCACCGUCAUCCAUGCUAUGGUCAUAACUGACAUCGAUGACAAAAUUAUCAAAAGAGGUUGGGAGGAAAAUGUCUCUCCCACCAUCAUUGCUAGACUGUAUGAAGAUGAAUUCAAGAAGGAUAUGCUGUCAUUAAAGGUGAUUCCUCCUGCAGUGUAUUUAAGAGUCACUGAGAAUGUGCAUCAAAUUGUCACAUUUAUCGAGCAGAUCAUCAAAAAUGGACACGCGUAUGCCACACCGGAAGGUGAUGUGUAUUUUGACAUUCAGUCCAUCGGUGAUCGUUAUGGCAAGUUUGUGGGAUCUGUGGAUUCUCAGGGAGAAGCUGGCAGCUCAAAUAAAAAAGACUUAAGGGAUUUUGCCUUGUGGAAGCCAUCUAAACCUCAGGAACCAUACUGGGAAUCCCCCUGGGGCAGAGGAAGACCUGGCUGGCAUAUUGAAUGCUCUACCAUGGCAAGCUCUGUGUUUGGGAGUCAGCUGGAUAUCCACUCUGGAGGCAUUGAUCUGGCCUUUCCUCACCAUGAGAAUGAGGUCGCUCAGAGUGAAGCCUAUCACCAGUGUGGACAGUGGGCAAAUUACUUCUUGCACUCAGGGCAUUUACAUCUCAAAGGCAGUGCGGAGAAAAUGUCCAAAUCUCUAAAGAACUUUAUCACCAUCAAGGAUUUUCUGCAGUCGUACUCUGCCAAUGAAUUCCGGAUGUUUUGUCUUUUGACAAAAUACAGAUCAGCUAUAGACUACAGUGACAGCAGCAUGUUGGAGGCUCAGACCUCUCUGGGAACUAUUUCUACCUUCUUCCAUGAUGCUCAGGCCUACAUGAAGGGCCAGCUGCAGUGUUCACCUGUACAGGAAGCUGUUCUCUGGGAGAGGUUGGCUGAGACUAAAGCCAGUGUAGUCACAGCUCUGGCAGAUGACUUUGACACUCCGAGAGCCAUCAAUGCUGUAAUGAAUCUGGUUUAUCAUGGAAACUGCCAGCUACAGCCUGUUUCAAAGUCUGACGGAGGGGCUCGAAGUCCAGCAGUGUUUGGAGCGAUGACCGGUUACAUCAGAGACGUCCUGGACAUGUUUGGGAUGGAUGUGCUGCACACUAAGGUGCAGGAGGCUGAUGUGAUGAGUAGUUCUGGAAGUCUGGAAGCUGUUGUCGAGCAGCUGACUAAUUUCAGAAGUGAAGUUCGAGCAUUUGCGCUCGACCGUUCCAAGACGUCUGGACUCUACCCAGAGAGAAUCCCACUCCUCAAAGCCUGUGACAACCUGAGAAAUGACCUGGCACCACUGGGUGUGCUGAUAAAGGAUAGAGGAGCCACAUCAACGUGGGAGAUAACUCAGGGUCAGAGAGGACAGAAAGUCCAGGACCAAGGCCAAGACCCUGAGACAUCCAGCUGAAAUCCACUUCUGAGACUGAUUCUUUGUUUAGUCUUAAUGGACUCAAUUAAACAUCAUCAUGAAAGACUUUGAUAAAUAAUAGACCAAACUAUGCUGAUUUCAUAACAGGAGAAAAGCCUGAUGUGCCUGUCAUCAGUGUAUGAACUCUCAUAUUCCUUGUCUAAUAAGUUAGAAGGGAGACUGUAAGUUAUUUUUCUAUUUAAAAAAAAAAGCAGAGUUAAACUGUCCUCUCUGGUUCAGUCUGUUUGACCUCUGAGCACAACCAGCAGACACCAAACAGUGAUGUCACGGCGUCCUGGAGUACACCUGUACAUCACUGCAGCCAGAUGAGAAGUGAAACCACUGGAAGUCAGCAAAAACGAGAUUUUCAAUAUGUUAAGUUGCUUUUUAAGCAGUGAAAUCAUUUUUAUGUUGUUAUGUUAAUUAGUUGUGUUGGAUGGUUUGAUGCAGAUUUUGGUAUGUAUGAUGAAAACUGAUUUGAACAUAGAAGUGUUUCUAUACCUCGUCUCUGUCUUUUAUAGCUGUCAGAAGGAGACCCACUGCUAUCAUACCACACCACAGUGAUAUUAAUAAGAGACCCAGAAUCACUGUGCUGGUCCUGUAGUAAACCUGUUGGAGGGGCUAUAAUGCUACCAGAGCUUGAAUAAUAUCUAAUCAGAUGAAUAUUAAAGGACCACUCUGACAUGUUGGAAAAUACAGCACCAGUCAAAAGCUCUCAUUCACUGGUUUUUCUUUAUUUGUAUUAUUUUCUACAUUGUAGAACAAUACUGAAGACAUCAUACUUUGAAAUAACAUGUAUGGAAUCAUGUAGUAAGCAAAAAAAAAAGUGUAAACAAUGCAAAAUAUCUUUCAUAUUUUAGAUUCCUCAAAGUAGCCACUGUUUGCCUUGAUUACAUCUUUGCACACCAUUGGCAGUAUCUCAUCCAGCUUCAUGAGGUCAUCACCUGGAAGUCUUUUCCAACAGUCUUGAUGGAGUUCCAACAUAUGCUGAGUACUUGCUGGCUGCUUUUCCUUCACUCUGUGGUCCAGCUCAUCCCAAACCAUCUCAGCUGGGUUUAGGUUGAAAGGGUGGAAUUUUCCAGAUUGACUGAACUUCAUGUCUCAAAGUAAUUAUGGUCUAUCAUUUCUCUUUACUUAGUUGAGUGGUUCUUAUCAUAAUAUGGAUCACUACAGUGGUGCAAUAGAACAAUACUUCAACACAACUGAUGGUCUCAAAUGCAUUAAGAAGGCAAGAAAUUCCACCAAUGAAUGUUGGAACACCUGUUAACUGAAAACCAUUCCAAGUGAUGACCUCAUGAAGCUGGUUAAGACAUUGCCAACAGUGUGCAAAGCUGUCAAAGCAAACAGUGACUACUUUGAGGAAUCUAAAAUAUGAAAGAUAUUUUGGGUUGCUUAACACUAUAUUGUUUACUACGUAGUUCCAUGUGUUAUUUUAUAGUUUUGAUGACUUCAGUAUUGUUCUACAAUGUACAAAAUAGUAAAAAUAAAGAAAAAACCUUGAAUGAGUAUCCGUGUCUGGAGUCAGUUUGGUCCAUCUUCACAAGAGAGUUUGCUUCCAUUAAAAGUGAAACAAUGUGGCUCAAUGCAGUUCUCACACAUGGUAUUAUGCUUGCUGGCAAGCAAUACAUCAACCUAUCCAGAAAUCACUUGGAUUUUAUCCAGAAUUAGGACAGAACACUGUUGGUGGUCAAGGGGUUGACCCACACUCACCUGCCUUUCUGCAAAGACCAGCAAUUAAAACUGGCCUUUGGAAAGAAGCAAAUCUUCAGUUGUGUCACAGAAAUAUUUGCAUUUUAAAGGGGCGUAUCAAGUUUCCAUUUAUGGGUAUUGAUUAAAAAUUCAAAUUCAAAGUUCAAUAAGUGUACAGACAGUUGGAUGGUAAUCAGGCAUUUAAGGGUUGUUGUUUUUUUUAAAGGGUUCUUUACAGAUGAGUAGACUGAUAUUAAUGUGUUACUACUAACAGAUGAGAUUCCUGACAGGAUGCUCAGUGGUAGUAAUGUUGAAUUGUAUGAUUUGUUUGCUGCUUAAAACUGAAUCUGGAUCUGAGAUGCAUUUGAAGGCGGUCUCAGUUGGUGUAAAUAUGCCAUCACUCUAACAUAACUACAGCAGUAACCAAAGGUCUUCCAGUGUAAGCAAUAUAUUACCUUCACUAAUCCACAGACAGGCGCUUUUAUUAACAGUGUUUAAUCUCGGCUACUCAAAGUGAUGUAAAUAAUAAUGUUGCACUGCAAGGUUGUUGUGGUCAGAUGCUGAGAUUUAUCUGGAGCAACUCUGCACAAAUAUUGUACAUCUUGUAUUAACUACCAACAUGGAUUCUUCUUCAGAAAAAAAAAAAAAUACUUAUAAGGGUAAAGACUGGCAUUGGUUAUCUCCAUGGCAACAGGGGAAGUUUGACAUCCUUGUGCAUUUUAACUUCUCUCAGCUGCUGUCCUUUCAGAUAUGACACAAUGACCAAGUUAUCUUCAG